AAUAGCAUCCCACACAUCCGAGUCGCCCGAGACUACACUAAACAGUGGUACGCACGAGAAUAGCAUCCAACACAUCCGAGUCGCCCGAGACUACAUUAAACAAAUGAUGGGGAGGAACUUCUUGUUUGGAACGCAUAUUCGGAACUCUAAACACAUCCAUAACUAAGGCGGUAAUGGGUAAUGAACGGGUUACGCAGUGUUAGUUUCUUACAUGUUGAAGAAGCAAACUGACGAUUUGAAUAAUAUAAGACGAACUAACACAUGUGUUGCGCUCGACUAGCAUAAUCCUUUCUCAUGCUCUCCUCUGCUAUUCUCGCUCUAGGGAUAUCGUGCAUUAUUGCCCUGGUUGUCCCUUUGGGUCUCAUUCGCAGACGCGUCUACCCUAUGCCUUUGCCACCUGGCCCUCGUCCCUUACCAUUCUUAGGCAACGCGCUGCAAUUGGAUACUAAACGACCUUGGCUCACAUAUACUGCGUGGGGGAAGGCAUAUGGAAACAUCAUUCGCUGCCGCGUACUUGGGAUCGACUUGAUCAUCAUAAACUCCGAAACCAUCGCGCAGGACUUGCUGGAAAAGCGCUCUGCAAAUUACUCUGGUCGCCCCAUUUUUCGCAUCAACGAAUUAGCUGGACUGGAUUUCAAUACUGCACUGCUUCCGUAUGGUGAGACUUUACGACAACAUCGCAAGAUUUUCCAUCAAGUCUUCAAGGCCGAAGUCUCGGCCUCAUACCACGAGAUAUACUCUCGCCAUGCAAAUAGACUGGUCAUCAAUCUUUUACUAGGUGCCACUGAUGACAUACAGCACCACGCUGAAGCAUACGCGGGAACCGUAAUCGUAGCCGUGACAUACGGAGACCUUGCUCACGGCAAUGAAGGCUCAUAUCUUGCCCGCGCGCACGAACUCGCUGAGCUUUCACAACAGGUUGUUACUCCUGAAAAGGGUGCCAUGUUCACAGCCUUUCCUUUCCUCGAAAAGUUGCCGUCUUGGUGCUUCGGUGGAGCACAUUCCCUGAUAGGACGCACUAGAGAAUUAUCUCAACAGCUUUUAAACGAGCCCUUCGACGAAGUGAAGGCACAGAUGGCAAAUGGCACUGCUUCACGCUCAUUAAUCAGUGACUUUCUCAGCCAACCUCACGAUGACGCUGACGAAGAUACGAUAAAGCCUGUUGCGUUCACAUCAUACAUGGCUGGCAUGGAAACCAGUGCAACCGUAUUGCAGACAUUCCUGCUGGCUAUGGUGCUCUAUCCUGAUGUCCAAGCCCGGGCUCGUGCAGAAAUUGAUCAAGCUGUGAGGCAUGAUAAAAUGCCGUGCCUUAAUGACAGGGCGUCCCUGCCCUAUAUUGAUGCCAUUCUCUGUGAGGUCAUGAGGUGGCAUCCUCCCGUCCCCCUAGGAGUUGCACAUACAACCGCCAAUGAUGAUGUUUACGGUGGGCACUUUAUACCCAAAGGUACAAUAGUAAUGGUCAAUCAGUGGGCACUGUCUCGGGAUGAAGACAUAUUUCCCGAUGCGUCGCGCUUUGAUCCUAGUCGCCAUCUAACUGUUGACGGGAAGCUGAAAAACCCUUUUGUCAACCAUCUUGCCUUUGGUCACGGCAGGCGUAUUUGUCCUGGUCGUUGGUUUGUAGAGUACAGUCUGUGGACUGCAGCUGCUUCCAUACUCGCUGUUUUGCGCAUCGACCAUGCCAAAGACCCAGACGGAAACAGGAUUGAGGUGAACCCGGAGUUCACUACCGGCUCAUUGAUUCGCCCCGAACCAUUUCACUGCUUGUUUGAAAGCAUUAACACAGCGAGAGAAGGACACCUUCGAGCGAUGAUGAAUUCGGAGUAGACUUAGUCUGUACGAUGAACAAGAGAAUUGAUUUCGAAUACAUUGAUUCUUCAGAAACUACUAAUAG